GGCACCCUCGCGCCGAGACCCAGAGCCUGUGCUCGCCAUGAAGCGGCCCAGGGAGCCGAGCGGGUCUGACAGCGAGUCCGACGGACCCAUCGACGUGGGCCGCGAGGGCGAGCUGAGCCAGAUGGCCAGGCCGCUGUCCACCCCCAGCCCUUCGCAGAUGCAAGCCAGGAAGAAACGCAGAGGGAUCAUAGAGAAACGGCGCCGAGACCGCAUCAACAGCAGCCUUUCUGAGUUGCGACGCUUGGUCCCCACCGCCUUUGAGAAACAGGGCUCCUCCAAGCUGGAGAAGGCCGAGGUCCUGCAGAUGACAGUGGACCACUUGAAAAUGCUCCAUGCCACUGGUGGGACAGGAUUCUUUGAUGCCCGAGCCUUGGCAGUGGACUUCCGCAGCAUCGGUUUUCGGGAGUGCCUCACCGAGGUCAUCAGGUACCUGGGGGUCCUGGAAGGGCCAAGCAGCCGUGCAGACCCCGUCCGGAUUCGUCUUCUCUCGCACCUCAACAGCUAUGCAGCCGAGAUGGAGCCUUCUCCCACGCCCGCUGGCCCCCUGGCCUUCCCUGCCUGGCCCUGGUCCUUCUUCCAUAGUUGUCCAGGGCUGUCAGCCCCGAGCAACCAGCUCACUAUCCUGGGAAGAGUGCCCGGUCCCAUCCUGCCCAGCGCCCCCUCUCUCACUUACCCCCUCCAGGCCCUCCGAACCGCUCCUGUGCGGAGAGCCACUGGCACCAUCCUGCCAGCCCGCAGGAAUUUGCUGCCCAGUCGAGGGGCAUCUUCCAUGCGGAGGGCCCGUCCCUUGGAGAGACCAGCUGCCCCCCUGCCUGUAGCCCCCGGCAUCAGGGCUGCCAGGAGCAGCCACACAACACCCCUCCUACGAUCUUCUUCCCCUGUACCUCCUGGCAUUGUGGGGUCCCCUGCUUAUGUGGCUGUUCCUGCCCCCAGGCCCUCUUCCCCAGGGGCAGCUGGGAGGCCAGCAGGAGCUGGGCCCUGCCACUCCUGGGUCUCUGAAAUCACUGAAAUCGGGGCUUUCUGAGCUGGCUUCUCCCCAGGAGCGAGGAGGGUUCUUUUUCCAGGAGCUCUAAAAACAGUGCUGUCUUCUGCCCUGCUUCCUGACCUGGCUCCUGUCUGUGAUGGCAUUUCCCUCACCCAUCAGAAGCCCCUUCCUCCUUUGGCCCACCUCCCCUCCUCACUGCCCAUACCAGCUUGUCGACCCAGCUCUCCUGGAGCUGUUCUGAUCUUAGAGGCCUGGUCUCAUUUCUUACCUGGGACAAAUAAGUCCUGGGAGGGCCCCGACAAGCUUUGCCCAGACCCUUUCCUGCCCUGGCACACAGAGAGCAGCAGGCACGAAUCUAAGGUCUGGGAACAAAGCUUGACCCUAAAAGGCACAACAGCCUCAGGCCGGCUGCUUGUCUAGAGAGUUCAGAAUCCAGCUUGUGCAGUGACUGGUUCAGCCUUCCCAGGCCCCCAGGGCCAGGACAUAGUGUCUGCCUCACUUCCGGAGACAGUAACAGAGCAGGGGCCACAAAGUGGUCUCUGGGAACCCCCGUCUGCCCCUGUCCACCCCACCGCAGUGGGCCACAGGACAGGAACCCCCAUCCACCGCAGCCAAAGCCUGGGGGUUAGGGGCCCAGCAUGGCCUGCUCGGGUGUUCUGCCCCACUGCAGACCCCUCCCCUCCGGCUAAGCCACAGUUCCCUGCAUAGAGACUGGGAGGUUUCUGGGCAGCAGUAAGACUCCAAAACAGGGGGUCCUUACCAGCAGGCCUAGGACAGCACUCCCAGACAAGAGCCGGGUUUGAGCGGAGAACACAGCUCCCUGCCUCUCACUCCGUCACCAUCCUCCAGAUGCUUGGUCCCUGUUGGGUGCACAGUGUGGAGGGUCACGUUCCCAUGUGAUGGCGCCCCAGGAGGAGCCCUCUUGGGAUUCAGCACCAGACAUUUGUGCUGCCUGGUUUGCAUCCGGCUCACAGAGCCCAGACUGUGGGACAGCCAAGGGCUGUCAGGCUGGACAAAAAUAACUGCAAGGAGGGACGAGAGGAAGGACAGUCAGAGGCAGUUCGGCCCUUCAAGGUCACACGGUGGGUCAAGGGCCUGAGAUCCUGUUCACCCAGGAUACCAUGCAGCUGGCUCUGCUCAGAGGCCGUUUCAUGACCCAGCUCCAGCCCUGGCCACUUGUCCUCUAGCAGAGGGAGCAAAUGGCCUGGCCCCCAUUCCCAGUGGAACAGCAGAGAUCAGACAAGAUCGGGGCAGACCCCGGAAUAACGUUCAGCUGGACCCGUGUUGCCGGACCUGUUGUUGAAAUGUAUAGCCACGUCUGUGCUUGCUGGCAGAUAUCUGCUUCCCUUGAGGGCUCCCAAAUGCCCUCCUGCCCCGUGUGGCUUUCCCCCAGGACCCUGCGCUGAUCAAUGCCAGGCUGACCAGAGGCUACAGCGUCCUCUGGCCGGCAAUUCCUUGGUGCUUAUUUGCGCUGGUUGGUAAAUACUUCUUUCGAAUGUCACCCCUGGGAAGAUUCUUUCACUCCCGCCCUUUGAUGGGACUACCCUCCCCAGAGACUAAAUUGAGGAGAUCCUUGGGCUCAGACAUAGAAUUUGCUAAAACCCCGGUGAAAGGGCCCUUUUGGAGAAAUGGGACAGAGGGCAGAGGUCAUUUAAAUGACCCAGAAAUCUCUUUGGAAAACGCGAAUUCCUCCAAGAGGCAUGAAGAGCUAACAUAUUCCGUGUUCAUUCAGAUUUCUGUGCUUCUGGAUGCGUCUGAGACGUGCAGCCUCAGGGAGCGAGGGCAGAAUCUCAGGGAGUGGGUCACCAGCCAGGAGGGCUCCUAAGGGAGACAGGGAGGGCAGGGCAAGUCAGCAGGCUCCCAGGAGUUGGGAGAGGGGGGCAGGGGGACUCAAGAAGCAGAAGGCAGAGCCCCACUUCACCUUUGUCACAGAGGGUGGGAAGAACGGCUGCUGUUCCUAAUCUUUCUCCAUCCCCCCACCCCCACCCCGGGGCUCUCCCUGCUCCCAGGAUACCAGGUCUGGGCUCCAGCCCCGCAGUUUUGGCAACUUCAUAACCUGAGAAGAUGGGAAACCCAUUCCCACAUUUCCAGGACCCAAUUGCAGAAGAAUCUGUUGACACCAUUGAAUGAGUUGGAAACGGCCCAGAACUUUCAGCAUCUGAGUUGAUCUUGGGUUCAUUUUCCCCAAGAGAUGGCGGGUGGGAAAGGUGACUAUGUAUUCGUUUUUGUGGUUGAGGACUUGUAUCUUCUGUUUCUAUUCCCAAGCCUUUCUGGCGUCCCCGACUCCUACCCCCUUGCUGGGGCUGUAGCAGGCAUCCAAUAAAGUUGUUUCAGUUCUUCUAAAAA